UAUUGCUGACGCCGCAAUCAAAGGCCAUAAAUUUGUUUACUUCCAAAGAAAUGCUGAUAAAUCAUAUAUUAAUCGGAUUAUUAGUUAGUUUUGUAAGAACAGGAUGUGCAGAAGAUGACGGGCUUUGCAGUGCCGAUCAAAAAUCCUGCGGGCAAAGUGAACCAGAGCGAAUAAACGAGGGUGAAUUUAGCUUCAAAAUACGUCGCCAGAUCGAGAAAGCUAACGCCGACUACAAGCCGUGCAGCAGUGAUCCCAAGGACAGCGACUGCUCCUGCCACGCGGAUGUCUUGAAGCGGGAUCUCGCGCCCUACAAGUCAACAGGUGUCACCCGGCAGAUGAUCGAGAGUUCCGCGCGAUACGGCACCAAAUACAAGAUCUACGGACACCGCUUGUACCGGGAUGCCAACUGCAUGUUCCCAGCCCGCUGCGAGGGCAUCGAGCACUUCCUGCUGCCGCUGGUGGCGACGCUGCCCGACAUGGACCUGGUCAUUAACACCAGGGACUAUCCGCAGCUGAACGCGGCGUGGGGAAACGCGGCAGGUGGUCCCGUGUUCUCGUUCUCCAAGACGAAGGAAUAUCGCGACAUCAUGUACCCAGCGUGGACAUUCUGGGCCGGAGGACCGGCCACCAAGCUGCAUCCUCGUGGCAUUGGACGCUGGGAUCAGAUGCGCGAGAAGCUGGAAAAGCGGGCUGCAGCUAUUCCCUGGUCGCAGAAACGUAAACUGGGCUUCUUCCGCGGUUCACGCACCUCCGACGAACGUGAUUCUCUGAUUCUGCUCUCGCGCCGCAAUCCGGAGCUAGUCGAAGCUCAAUACACUAAAAAUCAGGGCUGGAAGUCACCCAAAGAUACCCUGGACGCACCGGCCGCUGAUGAGGUGUCCUUCGAGGGCCACUGCAAGUACAAGUACUUGUUCAAUUUCCGCGGUGUGGCCGCCAGUUUCCGGCUGAAGCAUUUGUUCCUCUGCAAGUCGCUGGUCUUCCAUGUGGGCGACGAGUGGCAGGAGUUCUUCUACGACCAACUGAAGCCCUGGGUGCAUUAUGUGCCGCUCAAGAGCUACCCCAGUCAGCAGGAGUACGAGGAUAUCUUGUCAUUCUUCAGCAAAAACGAUGCCCUGGCCCAGCAGAUCGCCCAGCGUGGAUACGACUUCAUCUGGGAGCAUCUGCGCAUGAAGGACAUGAAGUGCUACUGGCGUAAGCUGCUCAAGCGAUAUGUGAAGCUGCUGAAGUACGAGGUGAAGCCGGAGGAUCAACUAAUCUACAUUGGGCCUAAAAAGGAUGAGCUGUAGGGAUGGGAAAGCCAACGCAUUUAAAAUGGUAUUAAGUUUAGCCACUUACUACUUUGUAUUAAGUUGCUUAGAGCAACAUGAAUCUCUUCGUCCGCAUUCCAUGUAUUUUUUAAGUCCAAGUUGUAAAGGACUUCUCGAAUAUUUUUCUGUUUAAAGAAGG